AUGGAUCCAAACCUAAAUGAAUUCAAUCUCGAAUACUUCCAACAAGAAUGGGAGUUAGAAGAUAAAAUGUUUGAUAGGCAACAAGAACUGCUUGAAGAGUUGCUUAGGAGAGAAGAACAACCGCGCAAGAGAAAGUCCAUAUAUAGAGAUCAUCAAGCAGCGCAUGAGAGGCUCAUGGCCGACUACUUUGCCGAAUCAUGCACAUACACUGAUGCCCAAUUUCGACGAAGGUAUCGAAUGAAUAGGCCUCUCGUUCUACGAAUUGUGGAUUCUAUGUCAAAUUUUGACGUUUACUUUACACAACGUCGUAAUAAUGCGGGCAAGCUUGGUUUAACCCCUAUCCAAAAGUGUACUGCUGCCCUACGCAUGCUCGCAUAUGGAGUAGCAGCUGAUGCUUGUGAUGAGUACGUGAAGAUAGGAGAAUCUGCUGCGGUUGAGUGUACUCAGAGGUUUUGCAAAGGGGUAAUAGCCUUGUUUCAAGAUGAAUACUUAAGACGACCCAAUGUGCAAGACUUGCAGAGGUUAAUCCAAGUUGGACAAGAGCGUGUUUUCCCAGGGAUGAUUGGAAGUAUCGAUUGCAUGCAUUGGCAGUGGAAAAAUUAUCCAAAGGCUUGGCAAGGGCAGUUUACUAGUGGACACAAGGGCACAUCAACAGUUAUUCUCGAGGCAGUUGCGUCAUAUGAUUUGUGGAUAUGGCAUGUUUUUUUUGGGCUUCCUGUUAGUUUGAAAGACAUAAAUGUACUAGAUAGGUCACCCGUUUUUGAUGACAUUGAGUCUGGUGAAGCUCCAAGGGUAAACUUCACUGUUAAUGGACGACAGUACAAUAUUGCAUACUAUCGUGCUGACGGAAUCUACCCAAAAUGGCAUGUCUUCGUCCAGUCAAUUCAAAUGCCCCAGGGAUCCAAACAACAAUGUUUUGCCAAACAACAGGAGUCAUGCAGGAAGGACGUGGAGCGCGCAUUCGGGGUUCUCCAAGCACGGUUUGCUAUUGUCCGCCAAUCAGCUCGAACGUGGGAUCUUGAAAUCUUAGGUAAAAUAAUGAGGGCGUGCAUUAUAUUACAUAACAUGAUAGUGGAAGAUGAACGAGAUUCGUAUUCGCGAAACUGGGAAAAUAUCGACUUUGAACCGUCAAACAAUCCUAGCUCUUCCGCCUCUUCCAGUGUUCAAACAGAUGUAUUGCCUGAGUUUCAAGUCCAUGUUCAAGACCGAUCCGGAUCGGAUAAUCAUACUAGAGCCGAACUACGAGAUAAGAGCCAACAUAUUCAGUUGAAAAAGGAUCUCAUCGAGCACAUUUGGCAGAAAUUUGGAAUAACAUCUGAUUAG